UCCACUCCUGGAGACUGCUUGCAAAACAAAGUUUGCAUGCUUGGGAAAUUGACUCAGAAGGAGCUUGGUUGAUAGUUCGCCUUUAAGUAGAAGUUUGUUUUAUGGUUGAGGGUGUGACUGUUUGCUGUGUUGGACGUUCAUGGCCACAAAAUGUUGAAGCAGCUACUUUUCUACAACAGCCUUUUAUGAAAAGUUGCUCUGACUUUGAUUUGCUUCCUGCUCAGGUCAUCAUUGCUGUUUAGCCAUAAGGAGCUACAGCAGAGAGAUCCAGGAGGGGAAUGUUGCUUGUAUGAACCCUGGGAGUAGUACUGGUACCUCCCUGCUUUAUUGUUAUAGUUAGAGUGGAGCGAUUCCUGCAUUGCUUUGGCUGUUCGAAGGUCUGCUGGAGUUCACUGGCAGCCCAUGGUUGAUGCCACCGGUGCUGGCUGGUCCCAGUGAAAUGGCCAGUCUUUGUCUGCUCCGUAGCCGGUGUCACCUGGGCACUACGUCGCUUCUUUCUGUCUUCAGGAGUUGUUUCCUUGAGUUAAGUCCUGUUGGGUAAGAAGGCUGAGUUCUGUCCUAAAGCAGGGUAUUUCCAGUUCGAUCGUAUGCAGUGUGCCACCAGAUGCAUGUUCUGCAGUCGGUUGGGCAAUAAAGUGGUGGGUGAACGAAGGUGGUGGGGUGGCUGGACAAGCAGCUUUAGAGGCUGGAGCAGCUCGGCUGGGUAACAGGUUUUCAGGAGCUUCAUCACUGGGAGAAGAACACAGACCUUCAUGGCACAGGUCAGUCAAGGUAUCUGGGUGCAGCAUUGCACCCUGGCUCAUUAUACUAACACUUGUCUUCACCAGUAUUGCAGAAGCAGUGACCGAUACGCACCAGUGCAGAUGAUGUAGUCAUUAAGCAUCCUUGGAAGAAGCAUGCUGUAGAUCCUGGUGCAGUCUUCUGUGAUUUAUUUGACGUGAGCUGCUGAUAGAUAGCCUGCAGUGUGCUGGGAUGUUUCACCCUGCCCUUAGAGAUUAGACGCUUUCUUCAGAGGGAGCAAGGUAUGAGGAAGAAGGUGCUUUUUCACAGAGCCAACAAAACAGAAGGAACAAAUGGAAUGAAUUACAAAUUUUGAAAGUUGUCGCUGGGGUUAAUCUACCAUUGGAAGAGCUCUACCUUGCCCCCUCGUCACCUCUUCUGCACUGAACUGGGAAUACCAUGAUGGCAGAGAAGAGGAACAGAGAACAGAGAAAAGGUAUAAAGGACAUGAACUUGAUUGACAUCCUUUGGAGGCAAGAUAUAGACCUUGGGGCAAGGCGUGAAGUUUUUGAUUUUAGUCAACGACAGAAGGAGUAUGAACUCGAGAAACAGAAGAAACUUGAAAAGGAAAGACAAGAGCAGCUCCAGAAAGAGCGGGAGAAAGCCUUGCUGGCUCAGCUGGUGCUAGACGAGGAGACAGGUGAAUUUGUUCCAGCUCAGCCUGUUCAGCACAUUCAGUCAGAAAACGCUGAACCACCAAUUGCUUUUUCGCAGAGCACAGAUACUUCAAAACCAGAAGAGGCCUUAUCCUUUGAUGACUGCAUGCAGCUCUUGGCAGAAGCAUUCCCGUUUAUAGAUGACGAUGAGGCUUCUCCAUCUGCAUUUCAGUCACUGGUUCCUGAUCAGAUUGGUAGUGACCCAGUCUUCGUUUCCUCUAAUCAAACUCACCCACCUGACUCACCUGGUAUAGUUCCACUUACUGAUGCGGAAAAUAUGCAGAACAUAGAGCAAGUUUGGGAAGAGUUACUGUCCCUUCCAGAGUUACAGUGUCUAAACAUUGAAAAUGACAACCUGGCUGAAGUAAGCACAAUCACAAGCCCUGAAACCAAGCCAGCGGAGAUGCACAACAGCUACAAUUACUACAACUCAUUACCUACCAUGAGAAAAGAUGUUAACUGUGGUCCAGAUUUCCUGGAGACUAUCCAGGGCCCUUUUUCCGGCAUUUUGCAGCCAGAAGACAGCAGCCAGCUGAGCGUGAACUCUUUAAAUAACACAUUGACUUCGAGCUCUGAUUUCUGUGAGGAUUUCUAUACCAGCCUUAUUUGUGCAAAGGGAGACAGUGACACAGUAACGACAAACAGUGUCAGUCAAUCACUUGCAGAUAUUUUAAGUGAACCUAUUGAUCUUUCUGAUUUCCCGCUGUGGAGAGCUUUUAAUGAUGACCGCUCAGGAACUGUACCAGAAUGUAAUGAUUCUGACUCUGGUAUUUCACUGAAUGCAAAUUCUAGUAUAGCAUCACCCGAACACUCAGUUGAAUCAUCUACCUGUGGAGAUAAGACUUUUGGUUGUAGUGAUUCUGAAAUGGAAGACAUGGACAGUUCUCCUGGAAGCGUGCCACGGAGCAAUGUCAGUGUGUACUCAUUGCAGUUCCCUGAUCAAGUACUUCCUCCUGUGGAGCCAGGCACUCAAACACCCAGCUUGCAACAUAUGAACACACCAAAGAAAGACCCUCCUGCAGGCCCAGGCCACCCUAAAGCUCCAUUCACAAAAGAUAAACCUUCGGGCCGUCUUGAAGCUCAUCUCACGAGAGAUGAGCAAAGAGCAAAAGCUCUGCAAAUCCCUUUUCCGGUGGAAAAAAUCAUCAAUCUCCCCGUUGAUGACUUCAAUGAAAUGAUGUCUAAAGAGCAGUUCAACGAAGCCCAGCUUGCACUUAUUCGAGAUAUACGCAGGAGAGGCAAGAAUAAAGUGGCUGCUCAAAAUUGCCGUAAGAGAAAACUGGAAAACAUAGUGGAACUGGAGCAAGAUUUGAGUCACCUAAAAGAUGAGAGAGAGAAAUUGCUUAAAGAAAAAGGAGAGAACGACAAAAGCCUUCGUCAAAUGAAAAAGCAGUUAACCACCUUAUAUGUUGAGGUCUUCAGCAUGCUACGUGAUGAAGAUGGAAAGUCUUACUCUCCUAGUGAAUACUCAUUGCAGCAAACUAGAGAUGGCAAUAUCUUCCUUGUUCCUAAAAGCAGAAAGGCAGAGACUAAACUUUGAAGAGCAGCAUAGCUGGCUAGCGUUCUCCGAGUUACUAUUUUUGUAUCGUUAUCCUAAUAGCUUUUACUGUGAGGUGAAAUGCAGAAUUAGGUAAUAUUUUUCUAGUAAUUCUAUGCAAUGAUGAUUUGAAAGUUAAUUAUUAAGUUUAUGAAAGGUUCAAGUUCAAAACUAAUAGUGUAAUGCAGAUGUAUGUACGCAAAAAUUGUAAUCUCACUUUUAUAACAGGCCUUUCCUUCUUUUAGCACCACUUUAACUAGUUUCCAUACAUGUGUAAAUAUUUAAAGAUACCGUAUUUAUAUACUGUUCUUAUCUCCUGUUAUAUUCAUAUCUUUGAUACGUAUAAGAAUAAUUCUAGCCUUCCAAAUAUAAUUUCUUGCAAGACAAACAGUAUGGCUUCUUACUUUUUUGUAAGAAAAAAAAGCAAUAGUGUUUGUUUCUUAUGCAUUUAUACGUGCUUUAUAUUUAAUAUAUGAUUUUUAUUUAGUGUCAAGCUGAUACUUAUUGUUUGAUUUUGAUUCAUCUUACCACUUCAUUAAACUUUUUAUUAUUGUUAUUUUUUUACUUCAUAGGCAGUGAUUUCCCUAAAACAGGUUAUGUGCUGAUUCAGAUAUCCUCACUGGUUUUCCAAGGAUAAGACUUCUUGCCACUAAUAUGCUUAAUAAGCAGAGAUGUAUCACACCGCAUUGUCAGCAUUAUUAAUGUUCACCGUAAAUUUAACUGCCAUUUGGAAGGAUUGUGUAACAAAUUUGUUUCAAGCCUAUGCUAAGUUUAUAUAAUUUGUUUUGCUCUCAGAACACUAUUUAUAAGCUCAUGAUGAGAUAGAUCUUUUCCUCCAAAGGCAUUAGAAUCUGUUGAUUAAAAACAUUGUCAGCAUUAUGUAUUUUUCCGACUAAUAAAUUCUGUAUACUUUUCAGUAAUUUUUCUCAAAAUUCUUUAUGCAUCUCUGACUGAUCAGCAGGCAUCAUUUGUCACUGCUGUUCUGUUUGAGGUCAUGGAAAAAGACAUCCCAACAGCCGAGCAAAGCGCUCUUGGGAACCUGUGCUCAGUUUGUUGAAAAAAUGUUGUGAUGUUUGAAGUUAUAAGAGAUGAAAAAUUGGGCAAAUAAAUUGCAGUGUUUCAUUUACUCUUC